AGAGUCCUGCAUACACUGAGCAGAUGAGCCUAGAGCAGCAGCCCCUGAUCAUGUGACUCCUCCUCCUCUCUCUCCAUGUGACUGAUCACAUGACAUCAUGGCAGGUCCUGUAAGUGCACAGCUCCUCCACAGAUACAGGUUCCUCCAACCCAGGAUCCUUAUAUGAUAUCUUCUAUAUAAGAGAAUUCUCCUGGAUGACCCAUCAACCAUGAAGAGAGACAGGAACAAGAUGGCCGACAGGAUAAUAAACCUCACGCUACAGAUACUCUUCCGGCUUACUGGAGAGGAUUACAGAGUAGUGAAGAAGUCCUCUAGUGGGCGCUGUCGGACCCCUGUAUGUGAAGGAUGUGGAAAAACCCUGAGUCCAAUCCCAGGGCCCCCACCUCACUCCCUGAUACAUGAGGAAAUGGAUGAACAGAAGAUCCUAGAACUGAUCAACAAGAUGAUGGAGCUGCUGACUGGAGAGGUUCCUAUAAGGUGUCAGGACGUGGCGGUCUAUUUCUCCAUGGAGGAGUGGGAGUAUGUAGAAGGACACAAGGAUCAGUACAAGGAUCAGGUGAUGAUGGAGGAUCAGCAGCCCCUCACAUCAGCAGUCAGAUCCAGUAAGAGAACAGCAGCAGAGAGGUGUCCCCGUCCUCUUCUUCCACAGGAUCAGGAUCAGGGAGAAGAUCUGAACAAUAUUAAUGCUCCAGAGACGGAUGUGAGCAGUGAUGAGCAGUAUAAGGAGGACAUUCCAACAGGGAAAGCUCUGAACUAUAUUAAUGCUACAGACAUAAAGGAAGAAGAGACAGAUGUGAGCGGUGAUGAGCAGUAUAAGGAGGACAUUCUUACAGGAAAAGAUCUAAACCAUAAUAAUGCUACAGAUGUAAGGUUAAAAGAAGAAGAAGAGGAGACAGAUGUGAGCGGUGAUGAGCAGUAUAAGGAGGACAUACCUACAGAUCUCUGCACCGGAAGAUCAGAGGGACAUCUGAUAUCUUUAUAUUUAAAAGCAGAUGAUCAAAUCAAACAAAAUAAGGAGAGGCCAUAUUCAUGUGCAGAAUGUGGGAAAUGUUUUACUCAAAAAUCAUUUCUUCAUAAACACAAAAAAACUCACACAGGGAAAAAGCCAUUUUCAUGUUCACAAUGUGGGAAAUGUUUUGCUUGUAAAUCAUAUUUAGUUCAACAUCAAAGAACUCACACAGGAGAGAAGCCAUUUACAUGCCCAGAAUGUGGGAAAUGUUUUACUCAUAAAUCAACUCUUGUUCAACAUCAGAGAAAUCACAGAGGAGAGAAACCCUUUUCAUGUCAAAAAUGUGGGAAAUCUUAUUCUAAGAAAUCAACUCUUGUUGAUCAUCAGAGAAUUCACACAGGGGAGAAGCCAUUUUCAUGUCAAGAAUGUAUGAAAUGUUUUACUUAUAAAUCACAUCUUGUUGAACAUCAAAAGACUCACACGGGGGAGAAGCCAUUUUCAUGCUCAGAAUGUGGGAAAUGUUUUACUCAGAGAUCAAGUCUUGGUAAACACAAAAAAACUCACACAAGGGAGAAAACCUUUUCAUGUGCAGAAUGUGGAAAAUGUUCUGCACGAAAAUCACCUCUUGUCGACCAUCAAAAAAGUUAUUAAAAAGUGAAAAUAUUUCCAUGA